AUGCUGCUCAAAUAUCAAGACGAUGAUGGAAACAUUCGUAUGAGUGUGGUGAAAGAUUCCAAAUGGAGACGAUAUCAAUCGGGAGAGGAAAGUGAUAACGUCAGCAUGAUGUCUGAAGAAGUUUCCGAUGACAGUCAUGCACAUCUUUAUGAAUAUGCACGUCGCGAAGGUCCAAAUGAUGAGGCUGAAUCGAUUUAUGAUAAAUUUAACAUUUCUGAGGAAGAUUUCGUUAAAAACGAAGACUUUAUGAAAGAAAUCGAAGAAAGUCAUGAACAAGAAAUGCCUGAACAUUACAAGCAUGUUGAGAACUUCCAACGACAUCCAUAUGCUGAUGAUUAUUCCGAAUCUGCAUUAAAUUCGCAUCAUGUUGAAGAAUCCGAAGAGCAAACACAUAAAGUUCAGCAUGUUGAAAGACAUCCAACUCCCUACGUUGAAAGUUAUCCAUCGGAAUACGUUGAAAGGCAUCCAACACCAUAUGUUGAGAGACAUCGAGAAGCGACAGUUGAAAGACAUCAAAAACCUUGCAGAAAGUGCUCAAAAAACUCCAACAAAUCUAAGAAAAUUGUUUAUGUUUAUAAACAACCUCCAAUAAUCGUCAAACCAAAGCCAACAAAUGUUUACAUCAAAUCAAAGCCAAUUGUUGUUCAACCACCGCCACUUGUUGUUCAUCAUCCUGAACCAAAGCCAUGCAAUCCAAUCAUCAAAUAUCAACCUCCAAACAUUAAAUUGAAACCUGUGAUUGUUAAAAUUAGUAAACCAAAGAGACCAAUCACCACGCCAACAACACCAUGUCCAACAACAACUAAAAAGCCAUGCAGAAAGUGCCGUCGAAAGCCAACAAAAAAUUGCCAUCGAUGCAGUCGAAGAAAGCACACAAAGCCACGUUCUGAAAAUUAUUCUGUUUAUUACAACCAUCACAAUUAUCGUUCAGCUGAUCCACCACAAUAUGUUCAGUAUAAAAAUGUUAAAUGCUCUGAAAAUGAUUUUACAUAA